UAAAAAAAGCUUCCUGCACUUCUGAGGAAAUAAAAAAUAUAUAUAUAUAUCACGUGAUGAAGCAGAAGGCUGACUAAAUGAGGGGACCACUAAGACGGAGAAACGAGGACCCGAUUUCAUGAUCUCACCCUUGGGGAUUGCAGCACAAGAAGAGUUUUCUACUUAAGGAAAGUCACCAAUGAAAAUCUGGAUGGGCUUCUGGUUUCUGGUGAUGGUGAUGGUGAUGUUCUUCACUGUACAUCAAGAUCCCUGCCUGGGACACAUUCUGGUAUUCCAGCCCCCACGACUCGAAGUCCUCGUCGGCCAGCCGGCGCUCCUCAACUGCACUUUCACCCUCAGCUCCAGCAGGAACAUUCUGGCGGUGAGCUGGUUUAAAAAGUCCCCGUCGGGGCAGCAGAAGGUGUACCCAGUGGACUCGAGCGCGUUCAGCAACAGGACGCACGUCGAGAGGAGUAGGUUCAGGAGCAGCAACGACGCAUCUCUGCUGGUCGAGAAUGUCACGCUCGCGGACUCGGGAAUGUACUUCUGCCAGAUCUGGAAUCACGGCCUUGAGAUGUCCACCACCGGCAAUGGCACCCUGCUCUCUGUGACCGAUCCAUUAAGUGCCAAUGAAACUGGCAGCAGCUGGUUGGGCUGCACCGCGACGGCCUUACUGGGGUCUUACGUGAUGGUGGUGCAAUUCCUCGUGCUCUACAAGUGCAGAAAAUCCAAGGAGGGAUCCAAAGGCAGGUCUGCACCAAGUGGUGCUGUCAGCAGGGAUUGAAAAGGCAAUAAAGAAAGUAAACU